AUGGCUGUCAGACACCUCUCAGUUAUGGUGCAGGAAUCAGUAACGUUCAAGGAUGUGGCUGUACUCUUCAGCCAAGAUGAGUGGGGGCACCUGAACCCUGCCCAGAGAGCCUUGUAUAGGGACGUGAUGCUGGAGAACUACAGCAACUUGGUCUCACUAGGAUCUUUAGGACCCAAACCAGAUAUAUUUUCCCAGAUGAGAAAAGGGGAAGAAGAAUGGAUAAUGGAGGAUGCCUCAGGAGAUUCGUAUCUUGACUGGAUGACUGCACCUGAGUUGGAUCAAUGGAAGAUAAAAGAAGGAUUCACUCAAGAUUGUGGUUGGAAAUGUGAUAGCCUGUUAGAAGAGCAGCACAGAGACCAGGAGAUAAAUUUGCCACAAGUGGCAGUCACUCACCAGAAGACCCUGUCUGAAGCGGGUGCCCGGGAAUAUAAUGAAUCUAGAAAGGACUGCAUCAUGAGCUCAUCUUCUACUCCAAGUCAAAGAGUUCAAUCUAGCAAAAAAGCCUUUGAGUGUAAUGAAUGUGGGAAAGCCUUUUCAAAGAAAUCAACACUUAAAACACACCACAAAAUUCACACUAGAAAUCCUAAUGAAAAUAUAAAACCUCCUAUGAAAGAAAAACGGUAUGAAUGUAGAGAAUGUGGGAAAGCCUUUCACCAGAGUACCCACCUUAUUCAUCACCAAAGAAUUCACACUGGUGAAAAACCUUAUCAAUGUAAGGAAUGUGGUAAAGCCUUCUCAGUGAGCUCCUCCCUCACAUAUCAUCAGAAAAUUCAUACUGGAGAGAAGCCCUUUGAAUGCAAUUUAUGUGGAAAAGCUUUUAUCCGAAACAUACAUCUUUCUCAUCACUACAGAACACAUACUGGAGAGAAGCCUUUCAAAUGUGAUAUUUGUGAAAAAGCUUUUGUCUGCAGAGCACACCUUACUAAACACCAAAAUAUUCAUAAUGGAGAGAAACCCUAUAAAUGUCAUGAAUGUGGGAAAGCCUUUCACCAAAGUACAAGUUUUCUUCAACAUCAAAGAAUUCACACUGGAGAGAAACCCUUUGAAUGUAAUGAAUGUGGAAAAGCCUUCCGGGUGAAUUCAUCGCUUAUUGAACAUCAGAGAAUUCAUACGGGAGAGAAACCUUAUAAAUGUAAUGAAUGUGGGAAAGCUUUCAGGGAUAAUUCAUCGUUUGCUCGACAUCGGAAAAUUCAUACUGGAGUGAAGCCAUAUAGAUGUGGUUUGUGCGAUAAGGGCUUUAGGGACCAAUCAGCUCUUGGCCAACAUCAGAGAAUUCAUACGGGGGAGAAACCUUACACGUGUAAUAUAUGUGAAAAGGCCUUCAGUGACCAUUCAGCUCUUACUCAGCACAAGAGAAUACAUACCAGAGAAAAACCUUACAAGUGUAAAGUCUGUGAGAAAGCUUUUCUUCGAAGCACACACCUUACUCAGCAUCUGAGGAUUCACACAGGAGAAAAACCCUAUAAAUGUAACAAGUGUGAGAAAGCCUUUAACCAGUCAGCAAAUCUCAUUCAGCAUCAGAGACAUCAUAUUGGGGAAAAAUAG